AUGGCUGACACUGGGGAACUUCUGAAGGAAUUGCAGAAUGAAAUUACCUGUAGCAUCUGCAAUGUUUACUUCUGUGAGCCUGUCACUAUCGGGUGUGGACACAGUUUUUGUCGAGCUUGUCUCUCUUCCAGCUGGAGAGAUGGAGCCCCAGCUUUCACCUGCCCUGAAUGCAAGCGAGUUUCCCAGGACAGAGAGAUCCCAUUACUGAACAGGCGCCUAGCAGAGUUGACUGAGCUGGGCAAAGAGCUCAGUUCUAAGCUUAUGCAGAGCACUGAAGGACAGAGCCAGUGUGUCACUCACAAGAAACCCUUCAAACUAUUCUGUGAAGAGGACCAGACCACAUUGUGUAUGACAUGUGAAACCCCAGAGCAUGGGGCUCACAAGCUCUCCCCCCUACAAGAGGCUGCUCACAAAUACAGGAGGGAGCUCCAGCACAUUCGGAGUCAUGUGGGGAAGCAUUUGAAGGAAGAUGAGCAACUUCUUGUUCAAGAGGAGAGAACUGCUAUGGACUGGUACUGGAUGAUCGCAGAACAAUACUGCCAAACCCACUUCUUCUUGAUGGAGGAAGAAUGUCGAUUUCUUGAACACCUGAAGCAAGGGGAGAAGGCCAGCAAGGACAGACUAUCUCAGCAUAUGCAAAGCCUACAGAAUCUCAUGCAAGAGCUGCAGGAAGCUGGCCAGCAAGCCAAUCUGGAUUUGUUGCAGGAUGCCAAAAAGUUGCUGGGGAGGAGCAAGGCUGUGCUGGACCAAAGGGCCAAGCCUGUCAUCCCAGAACUGAGAGAAUAUCCCAUCCCUGGCCUGAUCAAGAUGCUCAACAGAUUCAGAGUGGACCUCACUUUGGAUCCUAGAUCAGCCACUUCCUGUGUGACCAUUUCUGAGAAUCUCAAGAGUGCCAAGGCUGAAGCAGGCUGGCGAUUAGAGACGAAGCAUCCUAAAGAUUAUGCUUAUCAUUAUGUAUUUGCUGAGCAGGCAUUCUACUCAGGCAGCCAGUACUGGGAGGUGGAUGUGACUCAAGUUCCUCAGUGGAUCCUGGGGAUCUACACCCCACACUUGAAAAGGAAAAGGGUCAGGAAUGUGAACUCCUGUCCCUCUGUGUUCCUACUUCAGUGUGUCAAGAAACAAGAAUAUUACUAUUUACAAACAUAUCCUGGGCCAUUAGACCAUCGAAUGAAAGGGUCUCUACCUCGGGUUGGGGUGUACUUGGAAUAUUCUUCCGGCAUUCUGGGCUUUUACAAUGUUCUCCAGAGUUCUCUUAUUUAUAAAUUUCAUUCUAUUCCCUUCACAGACCGUGUCAAGCCCAUCUUUUCCCCUGGCCCCCCACUUCCAGGAACAAAGCCUGGUCCCAUGACUGUCUGUCCAGUGGACUCUCAUCUUUGUUCUUGCUGCCAUUCCUCUCAAUGA